AUGAAACUGUUCAUCGUUAUUGCACUGAGUGCGUUCGCAGUUGCUCAUCCCGACGGAUACUACUAUGAUCUCAAGUAUGAAAAAUUCAACAUAAACGAAAUUAUAAGUGUCGAUAAUCUCUUGAAGGCGUAUGCUCUCUGCUUCAAGGGAGCCGGCAAGUGUACUCCUGAAGGGACUGAUUUCAAGAGAUGGAUCCCGGAAGCGUUUCAAACAUCCUGCGCUCAAUGUACGGAAAACCAGAGGGUGUUAGUGGCAAAAUGUCUUAAAGCCAUCGCGACCAAAUUUCCGGAGGAUUACAGCGAGCUCUGUAACGUCUAUGAUCCUCAGAAGCAUCACGAGGUCGAGAUCCAGAAAUUCAUAGCUAAAUACUCUAUUUGA